AUGAGAUGGUAUGACGAGCGUGGAAGCUCACCAUGUAGGAGCAUUACUGCAUUUUCCCAAAUUCCUCUAUCUCCUCCUCCUCCUCCUCCUCCUCCUCCUCCUCCUACUCUCCAGAACCAGCUACUCCUCAAAAACAAACAAAAAAGCAACAAGAAAAUGAGCAGCAACACAACAGAAGCCUCAUAUUUCCUCAUACCGGCAACAAGUGGUCUCUGCAUUCAACCACAAGACGGCAGUAUCCAAACCUCAAACCUCAACGGAGAGCAAAAACAACAAUGGUUCAUCGAGCAUCAAACCAAUUCCGACGGAAAAAUCGCCUUCAAAAACGCGUCAAGCGGUGAAUACUUGCGCGCUACCAAAGGCAGAGUCACUGUCGGCGAAAAACAUUUCUGGAGUAUACAUCUUUCGACAAAUACACCCAAUGCGUUCCGAAUUAAAUUCGAUACCAGGCAAUUUUUAUGUAAUAUGUAUGGCAAAUUUACCGUCGAUAAUUUAAUUCAUCUCGUUUUGGACUCGCCGCAUGAUUUGCAACCUACUCUUUGGUAUAUUUGCGAGUUUCAUUCCUGGAGGAAUGCGGAGAAUUGGCCAGUUACAAGACCCAAAUCUCCCUCUUCCUCUUCCUCCUCUUUCUCUUCAGAACGAGAUGCUACUGCCAAGAAAGAUCUCGCCCAACGAGAAAAAAAUCUCAAGCAAAAAGAAAAAACCAUCGCACAAAAAGAAAAAAAUCUCGCUCAAAAAGAAAACCUUCUCCAGCAAAAACUCCUCCAAGCAGAACUUCGAGAAAGAGAAGCGUUGGAAUUUGAACAAGAAGCGAAAAUUAAAUUGGAAGAGGUUGAUGAGAAGGAACAAGAACUUGAAGCGGAGAAAUUGGCUUUGAAGAAAAACAAAAAUAAGGCGAGGUUCAGUACCAGCGACAGCAACAGUAUACCGACUCACCAUGAUGCUGAGAAUGCCGAUGAUAACGACGAAAAUCCCACCACCAACAACGAAAAUAACGAAAACGAUAACCAAUGGCUCCUCCGCUUCUCCAAUCUUCAACAACGCUUAGAAAUUGCAUAUCGAGAAAUUGAAAAUUUGCGUCGGCCUGUUUCUUCUGCAGGAACAAAAACAACAACCACCAUCGCCACCAUCGCCAACGGGGACAACGACAACGAUAACGACACCGACGACAACGACGAUACCGACGAUAACGAAAAUUCAUCUUCGUCAAUAAUAACCUCCUUACAACACGAAUUAAAACUCACAAAAGAAAAUGCACAAAAACUGAAAGAGGAGAAUCUACUCUUACGUAAAACAAUGAAUCAAUCGAAAAAUCUUGAUGAGCGAAAUGUGUCGUCUCUGAGAAGAAGAGGUAUAAGGGAUAAUCUUGAUAAUCUUGAUGUUGAUGAGGAAGCUUCAUCAGUAGGAAAUCGUUGGGCACCGUUGAAUUUUCGGGUAGAGAGGAGGAUGAGCACGGCGACGGGGAGAAGAGAAGGGGAGGAGGAGGAGGAGGGGAUAAUAGGGAUGAUUGAGAUACAGAAGGAAUUUACAUUUUUGGAGAGAUUGAGAUGA